UGUGGUCAGGAAAACCAAUCGAGCAAAGAAGGAUCCGGCAGAGAAGUAGACUGGUGAAGCUAAACCGACGCAAAAUGUUUCGCAAUCAGUAUGACAACGACGUGACCGUCUGGAGCCCUCAGGGUCGCAUUCAUCAAAUUGAGUAUGCCAUGGAGGCUGUGAAGCAAGGCUCUGCCACUGUAGGACUCAAAUCCAAAACCCUGGCAGUCCUUGUAGCGCUAAAGAGAGCUCAGUCAGAACUGGCGGCCCACCAGAAGAAGAUUCUCCGUGUUGACAACCAUAUCGGCAUCUCCAUCGCUGGACUCACUGCAGAUGCCAGGCUGCUAUGUAACUUCAUGCGUCAAGAGUGUUUGGACUCCAGGUUCGUCUUUGACCGCCCCCUACCCACGUCGCGGCUCGUCCAUCUUGUUGGCAGCAAAACUCAAAUCCCAACACAGCGAUACGGAAGGAGACCUUACGGCGUUGGACUGCUAAUCGCCGGCUACGACGACAUGGGCCCCCACAUCUUCCAGACGUGCCCGUCGGCCAACUACUUUGACUGCAAGGCCAUGUCCAUAGGCGCUCGCUCGCAGUCGGCCCGCACUUACCUGGAGAGAUGCAUGGACAAGUUUGUGGACUGUAAUCUGAAUGAGCUAGUCCAGCAUGGCUUGAGAGCCCUCAGAGAGACCCUCCCCUCUGAGCAGGACCUCACUACCAAGAAUGUUUCCAUCGGCAUUGUGGGUAAGGACAUGGAGUUUAUCAUCUACGACGAUGACGACGUGGCCCCCUUCCUGGAGGGUCUGGAGGAGAGGCCGCAGAGGAAGGUGGCUGCGCCCGCAGAUGACGACGCCGCCGACGCCAGUGCCGUUGCCGCGCCCGAGGAGCCCAUGGAACAUUGAGGCUAACGCUGAGCCAAUUCCUGUUUGUGAGGCGUAAUGUUAGAGAUGUGCCACCUGCCUAAAAACGUCGACCCCUACAUAUUCUGCCAGGAUAGGUCAGUGAGAGCUUUUGUACGGGUAGGAUGAACCCUGUAUUCCAAAAAUAAACGCCCCUUUUUUGAA